CACUGUGGGAAUUAUUGACGUUGCCCAACCUUGGGAUACACCCAUUACCUUAUUUUGUUCGGUUGUAUUAUUUUAUUAUCACGCUGGGUCCCCGCGGUGACCCUCCUCGUUUUGUCGCCCGCCUGCUACUUUCAUUCCUUUCAUAUCCAGUUCAGCGUUACGUUCUAGCGAUUUGUAUGCAUCCAUAGAUACCCUUACUACUACACCAUUCUUUCCACGCCUUUCCUUUGUUUAUAGGAUAGCCCGAGAAUAUCUCUUUUGUUGGAACCCCCACCGUCACCUUUCUAGGGCCAGGGGUGCCCUUCUACUCAACAUCACCAUGGAUCAUGAUUUCGUUCUCCAGCAGACGCUCCCGUGGAGCUUACAGCGCAAUCGGUUGGCAGAACUUCUGACGGCGGAUUUCACGGUUGCUGCAGGCUCAGCAGCCUUGGUCACUCCGGCCGUGAUGAUUCUGGACAGGUACAGCUCACCUGGCUUCUCGAGAGCGAAUGCACGUAUUGACCCUCAAAUUAGACUGGUGGUGGAAAAGUCCUCUCACAAUCAACCUCUUCUGCCCGCAUUUCGUCGACACCUGUGGCUCUCUAUCACGCAACCUGCGACCUUCCUCACGUCGCGACCCAGUCUGCUUGUCUGGUCCCUCUAUACCGCAACGUUCGCGGCGGCGAAUGCCACCGAGACCGUCCUCAGCGAGGUCUAUCCACACAUCGACCACGCACUUGCCACGACGUCGACGUUCUUGACCACGUUCGUCGUCAACUCCUCCGUCGGCAUUUGGAAGGACGUCAAGUUCGCUCAACUUUUCGGCCACAACCACAACACCAGCACUGCGGGGACAACUACACCCCCGCCCCCUGCAGCGGCAUCAACUCCGGCAGCCACAGGCGCAACCAAACCAGCCGCCGCCGCCGCCGCGGCACCCCAGAGCAAGAUCCUCCGCUCCGUCACCCGCUCCAUUCCCUUUGCUACCUACUCAGCCUUCCUCAUCCGCGACGCCCUGACGAUCUUCGGCUCCUUCAGCCUCCCGGCGAUGGUCUCUACCUCAAUCCCAGACUCGGUCGCUUCGAGCGAGUACGCCAAGAUCCUCCUUGCGCAAUUGGCCAUCCCAGCCUCGAUCCAACUCAUCAGUACCCCGAUCCAUCUGCUGGGUUUGGACCUCUACAACCGACCGAUAACGAUUCCUGCCGCGGACCGGAUGGCGCGAGUGAGUCGGGAUUGGAUCGGGGCGUCGCUGACGCGGAUGUGUCGCAUCAUUCCCGCCUUCGGAAUCGGUGGGUUUGCCAAUACCGAGGGGCGGGCCUAUCUCCAUGAGCAACUGCGGCUGUCUGGUGAGGAGUGAAACAAUCCCAACCACUUCAGAUGGCCUUGUCUAUCUCACCCACUGAAGCAUGCAAAAUCUAAUCCCUGAUGACUCAACUGGGACACUCAUCAUAAGAACGCAGACUUGUGACAAUCCACAAACAAACGAUCGGGAUUCUGCGACCGCGUUCGGCGAUGGCUCGGUGAAGAGG